AUAUAUAUAUGUUCUGUUAUACCUACAUUAAAUCUACAAACAGAAGAUAACGUACAGAAAUCUAACAAUAAUGACAUUCUGUAAUUAGUAAUUUUCUAAUAGACGAAAAACUCUAUGUAAUUGCUCGGAAGUGUUGAAUGGCUGUGUUUUUAUGUUUGGUAAAUCUGUGCUAUUGUUUAGUUGGAAGUUGUUACAUUGGUAUACAAUUUCUUUAAUAUGUAGGUGAUCUGUUGAAACUAGCAUCGUUAAUUACAUGAGUAUUUUUUUUUUUAAUAACACAUUAUGAUCACUUUUAGGACUCCUCCAUUGUGAAUCUUAACUGAUUGAUGUCUUGUUAUAGUUUGAUCACCAAUCAUGAUACCAAACAGAAGAAUUAAGUUGAUAUGUUAAUAGUGCAUUAUUUUACCAGGUUUUCUCAAUCAAAAGUAUAAAUAACAUGAAGAUGAAAGCAUAGACUUUUGUGUGGUGUGCUUAUAUUUAUAUGUAGUAUUUGAUAUCUGUGAUAUGUUAUUGAAAGUGGAGAACCUUAUUUGGCAUCAAGAGCAUAAUGGUUUAGAUAGGUUAUAGUAUUUUUCUCUUGGAGAAUGGUUUGGGCUAGAAAAUUAGACCAAACAUAAUGUCAAUUGAUUAUGGUUUGUUAAUACUUGGGUAAUAUUUGCAUUGUUGCAGGCAUGGAUGGAUCGUAUGAACCUUCAAUAUCUGAUAUUGGUUUGGUGUCCCAAAGUUCGAUAAAUGGAAGUGACUGUAAUGAAAUGCAAUAUAAGGGAGUUCGAUAUGAUAAGUUGUCUACAGAAGAUCUUAAAGGGCAGAAGUUCAAGACUGUGGAGGAAGCUGAGUCCUUUUACAAUGCUUAUGCAAAGGCCAUGGGUUUUGAUGUUAGAAGUGACUACAAGAGAUUAAGUAUACGCAUAACAGGGAGAGUCACUUCAUUGCGGUUGGUUUGUUCUGCUCAAGGGAAAAGAAGAGAAGAGUACAUGAGUAACAAGAAAAGAGUUCGCAAGCCAAAGAAAGAAACAAGAUUCAAUUGUCCAUGCUUGUUCAAAGUAAGGUACCGUUCGAAUAUUAAUGCCUAUAUUGUUGAUGAUUUCAUAACAAUCCACUCACAUCAUCUUGCACAAGCACAUGAGUUGCAUCUUCUUCGAUCACACAGAUCAGUUGAAGAUCAUCAUUUAGCACUGGCCACAUCUAUGCAGAAAGUGUCUGUUAAGCCUUGUCAUACAUAUGAAUACAUUGUUGAUAGAUCAGGAGGUUUUAAGAAUGUCGGGUUUAUUAUGAAGGACUUGUACAACAAGUUAGAUUCAAGACGUCGAGAAAUUUUACUUGAGGGUGAUGCAGAAAAUGCACUUACAUAUAUGAGAGGCAAAGUUGCCACAGACUCGCAUUUCUACUGCAAGUUUAGCAUAGAUGAAGAUAACAGGUUGGCGAAUAUGUUUUGGAGAGACUCUAAUUCUCUGGUGGAUUAUACUUGUUUUGGAGAUGUCCUGGUGUUUGAUAGUACCUACAAAACCAAUUCUUAUGAGAAGUCGUUAGUGUUGUUUGUUGGUUCAAACAAUCAUUUAUCGACCACAGUUUUUGGUUUUGCAUUACUCAUGGAUGAAACGAUUGAGACUUACACAUGGGUUUUGGAGACCUUUAUAUCGUCUAUGAAUAUCAAAAGGCCUGUUGCUGUUUUGACUGAUGGGGAUGAAGCAAUGCGAAGGGCACUUUCUAAAAAAGAAGGUCAAGAUUUGUCAAAAUUUGCUGCCAACGCGAAAAAAGAAAAUAAGGCUAAGUUCCAAUACUUUGUAUUUGAGAAAUGCGAAAAGUUAUCAUAUACACUUUUAAUUUGUUUAAUUGAGCUUCUCAAACAGAUAUUUCAUGUAGUAACAAUUUAUAGUGUGCAGAUUUUUAUUCCCAUUCUAGAUGAGGGUGUAAAAGGGAACCACUGGUUCCUCAUGGUAGUAAAAAUAAGAAGCAUGGAAGUUGAGAUAUUGGAUAGUUUUCCUAGUUCCGCACGCAAGACUCCACGAGAGAAUCCAGCUGAAGACACUGGACAUGAUAUUUAAUAACGAGAUUAUGAUUCAUUUCGAUGAAGGAUGCACAUUCUCUUCAUUUAAAAUUAUUCAUCCCGAUUGUGUUCCAGUACAAAAAAAUGGAUUCGAUUGUGGUAUUUUUAUGAUUAAAUUCAUGGAGGAUUAUGAGAUUGCAUCCAAAGCAGGGGACAAGUAUCAUUCUGUGAACGAGCGUCUGCGCAUAGCUCUCACCUUGUUGAGGUAUCCGGACAACCAAGCACGCAACAAUAUUGUUGAAGCUAGACAAAGGUAACUGCAAAAAGUUAUAUGCAAGAAACGUGGACCAAAUACAAUGAAGAUAGAUCAAGAUAGCACAGCACGCAGCGAUACUGAUGAAGGUUUGCAAAGGUCUCCAAAGAAAAUGAGGGCAAUCCACGAAAUAGAUGCAGCCAACGUGAACAAGAAAAAAGGUCCUGGUCGGCCUCGUGGAUCAAAGAAUAAACCUAAGAAAUAACUAAUAGCACACACCAAGUUACAACUAGUUACAUUUUAUCAUACUCUUUUGCAAGUUACAUUUGAUUAUUAGAACUGCAUUUCUUUAGGUCAAAGCUUAUAACAGGGUCUUCCUAUUUGGAUUAUCAUCAUCAGUCACCAAUCUCAGGCAUUAUGCUGGGACUACACUGGAACAUGUUAGCCUCUUCCAUCAUGUCAUUGACAGUUUGACACUGUAUGGACCGAAGGCAUGUAGACUGGGUGCUCCUUGUCGUUUUGUUUCAUGAUAAUGCAUUCCAGCUUAGUUUGCCAAAUGUAGAUGGAAAG